AUGGCUGCCCAGCGUCGAGCCUGCUUCAAGUGUGGAGCUCUAGGCCACCAUGCCGAAGUGUGCGCCUCAGCUGAAAGAUUGUGCUAUAACUGCAAAAAUGCAGGACACGAAAGCAACAGCUGUCCGCUGCCCAGGACCACCGAGAGCAAGCAGUGCUAUUCGUGCCAGGGAUUGGGUCACGUUCAGGCCGAUUGCCCGACAAUCCGCCUGCGCGCCCAGCAGGGCCAGGGCUCAGCUGGCUGCUACUCGUGCGGCUUAGUCGGCCAUCUCGCGCGUAACUGCCCAACCCCUGGAGCGGCACCAAUCGCACCAAUUGGCCGUGGAGCAGGUGGACCACCCGUCCGCGGAGCCUUUGGCGGCGCAGGCCGUGGUGGAUUCGCCGGCACCAACCGCAGUGCGACAUGUUACAAGUGCGGUGGACCCAACCAUUUCGCUCGAGACUGCCAAGCGCAAGCCGUCAAGUGCUACGCUUGUGGCCGCCUCGGCCACAUCAGCAAGGAUUGCACUGCGCCAAACGGAGGCCCACUGAACAGCGCGGGCAAGACUUGCUACCGCUGUGGCGAAACUGGCCACAUCAGUCGUGACUGCUCGCAGGCAGCGCCCGAUGCAAACGGUGAAUCGGGCUUGGUGGCUGCUCCUGGCCUCCAGCCGGAUGCCGCAAUCAUCGCUCCAAUCGCCCCGGCGCAGGUCGCCGUGUAG